GACAUUCCUGGCAUUUGGGCAGCUGUUUUACCUACUAUAAUUCCAAUCAUUAUGACUACAAGACCUUCAUGACUUCAGUUGAAGCCAUUUUCUGCCAUGCUUGGUAAAUUUGAUUAUCGUGGAGUGGAACAGUCAUCUCCAGGCAUUGGACCAGUCGCUUUUUUCAUCUUUGCCUUUCUUAGCACCAUCAUCAUGGUCAACCUCCUCCUUACUCUUGUCAUCAGAGGCUUUCAAGAGAUCAAGCAUGAUUUGCUGAAGCAAAGCAAUGACUAUGAGAUCGUUGAUUUUAUGGUAAAUAAGGCAAGAAUGGCUGUUGGUCUAGCUCAAAGAUGAAUUUUGGGACCUCUCCAUUCCACUACAGAGGAU